UUUCAUUUCAUUUUUUGUACCAUUACAUCAUUUGUUCGAUCCAUAAUCGAUCCAAAAAAAUAUGAUAACAAGCAGUUUUGUCUUUUCUCUAUUUUGUCUCUUUAUUGGUGUUAUAUUUUUGGUGAUACAUCACAGCAUGAGAUUUUUACUUCCUCCGUAAUUAAUAUGUCACGUCUUUUAUUCCAAUACGAAUACUUGUCUUUUAUUCCAAUACGAAUACUGAUUACUUGUCUUUUACUCCUUAUAAUUAGAUUUUUAGUUUAUCUCGUGAUAGAUUUAACAGUCAAUUUACAAAGUAGGUUCAGAUAAUAGGGUUUCCCCAUAAUAGAGUCCUGUGUUUGUAGGAUAUUUAACUUAUUGGUUGAUUUAGGGUUUUCAAUUCACCAAUAUAAUCUCCAAAUCUCCAUUAAAAAGUGAUUGACAUCAUUCUAUAAAUUGCUACAACAUUUAUCAUCUGUCUGUAUCUAUUUAUCAUGGCGGACAAAUCUUCAAAUCACGAAGGCGGUUUGUCAUUGUCAAAGUACUGCAAGUUAGUCAGAGAAAUUCUACAAUUAAAGCCGAAACAAAAGAAGAAUAGGGUAACGAUCCUUCCAUUAGAGCUCGAAUCUAAUAUUCUUGAGAGAAUAUCGGUCGAACCCCUCCUCCGUUUCAAGUGCGUCUGUAAGCGUUGGCGUGAUGAAAUUAAGAGCCCCUCCUUCAUAAAAUCUCACACUAGCCAAUUUCAAAUUCAUAAUGCAAAUUCCACCUCAUUCAUCCUCUUUUCAUCACCUCACUUAUAUUCGACAAAUUUUCACAAGAAUUCUACCACUUUGAAUCUCAAGAAGCUAGGUACUAAUUUCGUUCCUAUUGAUUUUACUUGUGUUAUCGGUUCUUGCAAUGGCUUGCUUUGUUUCCGAAAAAUAAAUUGUGAUUAUCCAGGACCGAUCUACAGUAUAAGGUUAAUGAUAUAUAACCCUAUAACCGGCACCACGUUUAACAACGCCAUAGUACCACACUAUGGCACUCACAGUUGGCGUUAUAUGGUUGGGUUCGGUUAUGAUCGCAUGAGAGACGAUUACAAAAUAUUUUAUUCGUCUCCACUAAAAGACGGACAUGUUGGUAAAGGGAUACAACCCGCUAUGUCUUGGGUGUAUAGCUUAAAGAAAAAAUCAUGGAAAAGCAUACAACCUCCUCCACAUAGAUAUAACCUGAGUUUGAGAAUGGUUACAUCGAAUAACGUUUUAUAUUGGAUAGGUGUAAAACCUAAUACAUAUGACAAUUGUAUAUUUGGUUUUGACUUCGAAACUGAAGAGUACCAUGAGGUAAUACCACCGCCCGAUUUCAAUUUUCGUAUGUCAGAGUUCGAGUUAGUUAGUUUAAGGGGUUGUUUGCAUCUCGUAAGCUGUAGGUUGUAUGAUGGGUUUGCAAAUGGGGCUGAGAUUAGCAUGAAUAUAUGGGGUUUGAAGAAUUAUGGUUCAAAUCGUACAUGGGUUAAAUUGAUUCAUCGUGUCUCACUCAAACAAGUGAUACAAACUGAAUUAGAAAAUAAAAAGAUUAUUGGAAAUCCACGGUCAAGAAGCAUAUAUUUACACUACUCUCCAUUACCGUUUGCUUAUUCGGAGGAUGAAUCGGAAAUCCUAAUAGGUUUGGGUAAAACCAUUAAGGCUUUUAUUCGUUGUGAUUUACGUAAUGGGGAGUUAAAACGGGUCGACGUAAAUGGUGCACCUAAUGGUUGGAAAUAUGGGUAUGAAGGGAUAUCAUGGACUGCUUCCCUUGUUUCCAUCUCAAGCUCCACUUCAUAGUUUUUUUUUUUUUUUUGGUUCAGGAUUCUUAUGUAAAUGCCUUAUUUUAUAACUCCGUAGUUAUUGGAAGUUAUAUAUGCAAGCAAUUCAGAUUUAAAGUUAGCCAAUAAUUCUUACUCUUUUUAUAUUAAGUGAUAUCAAAGUCUGAAAAUAUAUUUAUAAUAAUAGAGAAUAGUAUACAACUAUAUCAACUUACGAAUUUACUGAACCCAGUCCAGAGUAUGUAGAGUUUAUCGCAUAGAUAAAAAAUAAUCAAAGUAUUCCCUCCAUCUCUGUAAGAUUUGCGCUAUUAAGGUAUAAUUUACUUUUUUAAGUUUAAUUUGGGGAAGUUGAUCCGAAUGUAGCUUAGUUGGAUAUGAAAGUAAAAUGAUGGUCCCUAUUCCCUCGUAGGCUCAUACACAUCUAUGAUGUGGGGAAAAUUAAAAAAAAGAAAGAAAUUAAGAGGGGGACCAAAAAUAAAAAAAAAUGGAAUAU